AAAAAGCAGUACGUGCUAGCUACGCUAACGUCGCCCUAGUGUCCACGAAAUCUUGGGUUUGAUGCCCCCCCAAAUAAACCUGAGGUACUUAAAUUCUACAAAUCCAAAAGCUAAAUAAUGUGACCUGUGCAACCUACGGGUUGGAGCACAGCACUGUUUUGUUACGUAAGUCGUGGGGAUCUGGGUUUGACUCCUGCGGGCCUGGGGCAGGGUGACAGUUUAGGACAUCAGAAUUUCCUGAGUACCAGCUGUGUGCCAGGCACUGUGCUAGGCGCUUAGAAGAGACCAGAAUGAAAGUAAAUAAGAUUCUGGCCCCAAAAGAGCACAAAGACAUCUGAAUAGACAACUGUCAAAUACAGAGAAUAUGUGUUAAGUCUGCUGUAUUUGAUAGUUUUAUAUUUCAAUGUGGUAGUCCAAAUUUUAUAUUUCGGUGUGGUAGCUGAUCAGGAUAGAAAAUGUAUGGACCACGAGCUUAAAUUCUCAUGGCUUUCAGCGUUGACUCAAAGCAGGACAGAGUGCCCAUGUCAUGCCUUUAAAGAUUUACGAUUGUUUAUUUUAGAGAAAAGUUUAUGACUAAACUGCAAAGAAAAUAAAAAUUUCAACGCUUUCAGAAUGAAAAACAGUAUAAAAAAGUCAAAUAACAGUAUCUGCAAUUCUACAGAAUUCCAUUAGUGAUAGAAGUGGAAAUUAUUGACACGGUUUUAGAGAUGUACCUGUAAUGAAUUUCACAGAAGAUAAGAAAUCCUUCUCUGAAUCCUGUCAUUUUGCCAAAACAGUAGAGUGAGAAGAAGGUACUUCAGCUGCAGUGUUUUUUGAGAUCCUGAUAGUAACAUAACUAUUAAAAAUAAUCAGCACAGCUUUGGAGGUAUUUUGAGUGGUAGGUAAAUUGAUGGUGUUGGUCUGGAGUGUUGAAUUCUAGGAAAUAAUCUCUACCCUCUUUGAUUUCCCCCAAGAAGAAACAUGCUUUAAGAAUGAAAGGCCCACCUACUGAUUAGGGAAGUAGUUUUAUGAAGUUGUGAUAGACUGAUUUGUUACGAGUGUUAAGGGGAAGUCUAAUCUUACUGGAAGAAAACACUGUUCAGAUACAUGUUUAUUCCCAGCCCAGCUUGGAGGAGAGAUUGGCUUUCAUUAAUCUGAUACCCCAUGUUUCCCCAUCACCCCAGGAGUCUGGCCGGAGACUGGACUACACCGUGGGAGAAUCCGCAGUGGUGUUGCUGGAACAGACACAUUUCUAGUUGUAUGAGGUGGCCUGGACACUAUUCUCGCACUCCCUACCCGUACUUGAGUAGCAGGCAUUUCUCACUGAAGUGGAGGCCACCUUGUUUGUUUGCAUCUAGAACUCAGUUUCCACACUGUAACUGGAGAUCCGACCACCUGAACCAGACAUCCUUGCUUCACCUGUCUAGUUACAUCAUGAACUCAGAGGGAGAUGAGCCUUCAUCAAAGCGAAGAAAGCACCAAGGCACGAUAAAAAGGAAUUGGGAAUAUGUAUGUAACCAUAAUAAAGAAAAUGCCAAGAUCCUCGGAGACAAAAAUGUUGAUCCCAAAUGUGAAGACAGUGAGAACAACUUUGACUUUUCAGUGAUGUCCUAUAAUAUACUUUCACAAGAUUUAUUGGAAGAUAAUUCACACCUUUACAGACAUUGCCGACGGCCAAUAUUACACUGGAGUUUCAGGUUUCCCAAUAUUCUGAAAGAAAUCAAACACUUUGAUGCAGAUGUACUUUGUCUCCAGGAAGUUCAAGAAGAUCAUUAUGGAGCAGAAAUAAGGCCAAGUCUGGAAUCUUUGGGUUAUCACUGUGAAUAUAAGAUGCGCACAGGAAGGAAACCUGAUGGCUGUGCCAUUUGCUUCAAACAUUCCAAGUUUUCACUCUUAUCAGUGAACCCAGUGGAAUUCUACCGCCGUGAUAUCCCUCUCUUGGACAGAGACAAUAUUGGAUUAGUUUUACUCUUGCAGCCCAAAAUCCCCUGUGCUGCCUCUCGUACAAUCUGUGUAGCUAACACACAUCUGUUGUACAACCCGAGGCGAGGUGAUAUUAAGCUGACCCAGCUGGCAAUGCUGCUGGCAGAGAUUUCCAAUGUUGCUCACCAGAAAGAUGGCAGUUUCUGUCCCAUUGUUAUGUGCGGUGACUUUAACUCUGUUCCUGGUUCUCCACUCUAUAGUUUCAUAAAGGAAGGAAGGCUGAAUUAUGAAGGACUUGCUAUAGGAAAGGUAUCUGGCCAAGAACAGUCUUCACGGGGACAAAGAAUUUUAUCUAUUCCAAUUUGGCCCCCAAACCUAGGUAUCUCACAGAACUGUGUGUAUGAGGUACAGCAGGUACCAAAAGUAGAGAAGUCAGAUGGUGACUCGACACAAAUACAGCUGGAGAAAACAGAAGUCCUAGUAACAGCUGAAAAAUUGUCUUCAGAUUUACAGCACCAUUUCAGCUUGUCCUCUGUUUAUUCACAUUACUUACCUGACACUGGAAUUCCAGAAGUGACCACCUGUCAUUCCCGAAGUGCCAUAACUGUGGAUUAUAUUUUCUACUCUGCAGAAAAGGAAGGCGUUGCCGAGCACCCAGGAGCUGAAGUUGCUUUGGCUGGAGGCUUGAAACUUCUAGCUAGACUGUCGCUUCUUACAGAGCAAGACUUGUGGACGGUUAACGGACUUCCAAAUGAAAACAGCUCUUCAGACCAUCUGCCUUUACUGGCUAAGUUUAGACUUGAGCUCUGACUCUUCUUGGAUUAUGUACAUAAUUUUCUUCCAUCUUACGUUCUUUUUGAACACAUAUAAGUUGUUGAGUGCGUUAUUUUUGUGCUGUGGAGUAACAGAUACCAGAAGAAACAAGUUUACAAUAAUUUUCUUUUUUAAUAAUGAUAUUUUCCUGACAAUUAAGAUCUAAAUACUCUUUAUUGUAAAAGAGAUAUAAAUAUUUUUAUUCUAAUUCUAGUAAAAUUGACAGUGGUUUUUAAAUGUAGCAUAUCUUCUUUAGUCUGCUUAGUGAAGAAUUUCACUUCAUGUUUUUGGCAAGCUUUACAGUAGAUCCAGACUACUUACAUAGGUUUUUAAAAACCACAAGUUGGUUCCUUUCCACGAGGCCUGGUUUCUUUGGGAAAGCCCUGUGUUUUUGAGUCCUAAUUAGUUCACCUAAGAAAUCAGUGUGUCUUUCACCGGUGUCCAACAAUUUUAGUUUAUGAAGGAGCUUGAUAAUGCUUUUUUUUUGGUACCAGGGAUCAAACUCAGGUCCCUGUGCUUGCAAAACAGGCAGUGGAACCACCGGGCUAAAUCCCUGGCCCUUGAUAAUGCUUUUUAAAAAAUUAUUCAGAAUACUUCCUCCAUCGUAUCACUGGUCUGAACCGUGGAACAUGAUGUAGUGUGUUGAGAAAACAUUUGGGAAAUGUGGCUGCUCUGUCUAGUAAGGAUAAAUCCUUCACAUAAGCCCACUGUCUUUGGUUGGCCUCAAAGAAGCAGAGACUCUGGGAUGUGCCUGUUUCUCUAAUAUCUAUUUUUUCUCUUUUUUUCAAUUAGUCACAAUAGUAGAUCCCUGAGUUAGGGGAGACAUUUGUUUUACUGAAGUGAUUCUAUAGAAAUUUAUUUUCUUACGAAAACUGUCGUUGGAACAAAGUGGCAGCUAUGUGAUUAUUUUUGGUAUGCCUCAGGGACAGGAGGAAGUUGUGACACUACAGGGAGGCACUGAACCUACAGUCCUCAUACUCUUACAGCGGUCAUGUCAGCUGUUCGGGACCCUUUGUUUCUCAGAUGGUCUCAGUGACACAGCAGUGCAAGGUGCUGCUAAUGGGUUUAUAAAGCCUGUAGUUGAUUCUAG